AUGGACAAGACUCCUAUCGCGAUAAACGGUACCAAUGGACACGUCGAACAAAGUUCUGUACUGUACCGCCAGCUUCGGCAACCACCUCCAAAGGUAGUGCGCAGUAAAGGUCACUAUCUUUACACAGAUGACGGCUUGGAGAUCUUCGAUGCCUCUGGCGGCGCUGCUGUUUGCGCCAUCGGUCACGGCCACGAUCGAGUCAAAAAGGCAAUUGCAGCCCAGCUGGACGAGAUUGAGUACGUCUACUCACUCUUUUUCACCACCUCCGCGGCGGAGAGACUAUCGACUCUACUCACCGAAUCUACGGGUGGUCAAAUGUCUCGGGUGUUUAUCGUAAGCUCCGGCACCGAAGCGGUGGAAGCAGCGCUGAAAAUGGCGCGACAAUACUUCACCGAGCUUCCACAACCUCAGAAGCAGCGAACGCGGUUCAUUGCUCGCAAACAGUCUUAUCAUGGCAACACCUUGGGCUCCCUGGCUGUCGGAUCGCACCCAGCCCGCCGAGCUCUUUAUGAACCGAUGCUAUCGGCCAAUGUCUCUCAUGUGUCGCCAUGCUACCCUUAUCGCGAAAGCAACGGCGAGGAUGAUGAGACCUACGUGGCUCGACUAGCUCAAGAGCUCGAAGACGAGUUUCAGCGUGUAGGUCCGGACACUGUGUGCGCGUUCAUUGCUGAAACCAUGUCGGGAGCGACCCUUGGAUGUGUUCCGCCAGUGCCAGGUUACUUGAAAGCCAUGAAAGCAGUGUGCGAACGCCACGGUGCCCUUUUCAUUCUGGACGAAGUCAUGGCUGGAAUGGGACGCACUGGCACAUUGCAUGCCUGGGAACAAGAGGGCGUUGUACCUGAUCUCCAGACCAUUGCAAAAGGGCUAGGUGCAGGCUAUACCUCGAUCGGAGCCCUUCUCGUCAACCAAAGGGUGGUAGCCGUGCUCAAUCAAGGCACCGGCGCAUUCAUGCACAGUCAGACGUAUCAAGGCAACCCACUUGCCUGUGCCGCGGCGUACGAAGUCCAAAGAACAAUUCAAGACGAAAACUUGCUGGCGAACGUCCGCGAAAUGGGCAAAUACUUGGGCGAGCUUUUGAAGAAGCGUCUAAGCGACCAUCCUCACAUAGGGGAUAUUCGCGGGCGAGGGCUGUUCUGGGCGAUGGAACUUGUCAAGAACAAAGAGACCAAGGAGCCAUUCGGGGCGAAAGAACAGCUAGCGUGGAACAUGCAUCUAGCUGGGCUGGAGCACGGUAUCUGCAUGAUACCAGGAAAUGGCACUGUUGAUGGGGUGGUAGGAGACCAUAUCAUCGUCGCACCAGCGUACAAUAUAACGGCCCAGGACAUUGAUUUGAUCGUUGAGAGGACCGAAAAGGCUCUACGAAGUCGACUAGGUUAA